AGUUCACCAAAGCGGCGAGUAGAUACGGACGUCAUGAAGCUCUUGAUGUCCGACUAUCAAGUCACAUUGGUCAAUAACAAGAUGUCAGAGUUCUUUGUGCGCUUCACUGGACCCGCAGAGACACCAUUCGCCAAGGGAGCGUGGAAGAUACAUGUUGAAUUACCAGAACAGUUCCCGUACAAAUCGCCAAGUAUUGGCUUCAUGAACAAGAUCUUCCACCCUAAUAUCGAUGAGCUGAGCGGAAGUGUCUGCCUUGACGUCAUAAAUCAGACUUGGUCACCUAUGUUCGAACUCAUCAACAUCUUCGAGAUCUUCCUCCCCCAACUCCUCCGCUAUCCCAAUCCCGCCGACCCACUGAAUGGCGAAGCCGCCGCCCUCCUCAUGCGCGACCCUAAAGCCUAUGCCAAGAAGGUUGAGUCCUACGUCGAGCGGUACGCAUCCACCGAAGACGCAGAUAGGGCAGGACCAGGCGAGGACGACGAUGAAGAAGGGGGAGUAGGCAACUCGCCCCGGAAUGUCAGGGGACCCAUCGUUCCUGCGCCAAGUGGAGCAGGGGCGGCUGCGGCGGGAAGCAACGGGAAUGGGAAUGGGAACGGCAACGGUCAGGCGGGGAAGUCACAUAGCGGGAGCGAUGGAGAAGAGGCGGAGGGGAGCGAUGGGGAUAACAUGAGCGAUAUGGGCGAGUUGAGCGAUGGGGACGAGUUUAUGGGCGAGAUGGACGAUUAG